UUUAAUAAUUGUUAUAUAAAUAUGAAAUAACAAAGUGGCUCACACUCACGAACAACACAGCCCCUCUUUCUCUCCUCUCUCGCUCGACCAUCUCUCCCAAGUCUCUCUCAAACCCCCUCUCUCUCUCUCUCUCUCACAUACACACACAUCUCUACAUCACCACCACCCCAACUCUACUGCCCUCGAUUAUCGCGCCUCGUCUUGUUUGUGGUUGUGUGAAGCUGCGAUGGCGUCUUCUUCGUCUUCGCUGCCCAAGCUUUGCUUCAAUUCCAGUUGUAAUCAAUUGCUUGGGGACCACUCUCGCCGGGGCUGGCGUCGCCGCACUGGCGAGUUUGCUGAUUUGUGCGAUCGAUGCGGUAUUGCAUUUGAAGAGGGAAACUUUUGCGAGUCCUUUCACUUGAAUGCUUCUGGUUGGAGGUCUUGCGAGUCAUGCGGAAAGCAAAUACACUGUGGGUGCAUCGUUUCAUUUCAUAUGUUUGUUCUAUUGGAUGCUGGAGGGAUCGAAUGUAUAACGUGCACAAAGAAAAGUUUCAUCUUGACGCCCAAUCCUGCAUGGCCACCACCUUCACUUCUCCUUCCUGGUCUGCCCGAAAGAAUCAAAGAUCUUUCUGCAAAGAAUUGGAGUUCUAUUGCUGCAUCAGGUCCUGUGCCCUGGCGUCAAGCACCUAGUUUGUUCAAUCCAGAAUUGCAUCCGAAAAUGCCUUCGGAAUUUAACAUUCCUACAAGCAAGAAAUUGUCUGAUUCCAUGGAUAAAAAGGAAAAUCUGGUUUUUUCUGGAAGACUAAUGAAUGGAGGCUUGAAGGGUGAUGCUUCACAGAUAUCAGAGAAUGGUAAAUCUGGAAGCAAGUGUGAGGAUCAACAGAGUCCAUAUGUGAAUGAUAACCCUCAUAGUGCUAUUUUAAAAAAUGAACCUUCUAGUCCUAAUCCUGAUCUGACUCUGAAUACUACAUCCAAAAGUGAGAUUGCAGAGCACUCCAGCAUUUCUGUCAGUCAGGCACAACCACCGGCACCUCUGCCUGCAGCAGCGAAUUAUAAUGGAGUCGACUCAUUCGGUGAAGGUCAAGCACAAAUUGGAAGGCCUCAAGAUCGUAACCAGUUACUCCCACGGUACUGGCCCAAGAUAACUGAGCAGGAGCUGCAACAAAUCUCAGGAGACUCAAACUCUGUGAUUACUCCUUUGUUUGAGAAGGUGUUGACGGCUAGUGAUGCUGGGAAGAUUGGGCGUCUAGUUCUUCCAAAAAAAUGUGCAGAGGUCUAUCUUCCUCCUAUUUCUAAUCCCGAAGGAAUACCUCUCCCGGUACAAGAUUUGAAAGGGGAGGAGUGGGUAUUUCAGUUUCGAUUUUGGCCCAAUAACAAUAGCAGAAUGUAUGUUCUAGAGGGGGUUAGUCCUUGUAUUCAGUCUAUGCAACUGCGAGCAGGCGAUACAAUAACAUUUAAUAGAAAUCCUCAUGGGAAGUUGGUCAUGGGAUGCAGGAAGACUUCUAGUGCAUCAUCAGAUCAGAAAAAGGGACCUGUUAAUACUCGUGAUAAAGCUUCUGCACAUGGAGAUUCUACUGCGAAGAAAAGUAAACCUGGUGAAGUUACAGCUCAGCAUAAUUCAAAAAGAAAUUCAGUAUCAUAUAGCCCUUUGACAAUGAACAAGGCAAACUUAGCAGAUUCAGGAAGAAAAAGUAACAAAGUUGUUGAAAACAAGUGCGACGCCAAGGUAAAGCCUGCAGCUAAACCAGAUAUCCCUAUUAAGAGAAAGAACAGUAUCUUAGGCUCAAAGAGCAAACGACUACGGAUUGAAAAUGAAGAUAUGAUGGAGCUGAAGCUCACAUGGGAACAGGCUCAAGGAUUGUUUCAUCCUCCUCCCAACAAUGUGCCCAAGAUCGUGUUGAUUGACGGCUGCGAAAUUGAAGAAUUUGAGGAGCCACCAAUUAUAGGAAGGCCCACUAUUGUAGCAAAAAAUAAUUUGGGUGAAAUCAUACAAUGGGCUCAGUGCGAGGACUGUUUUAAAUGGCGGAAAGUGCCAGGCUAUGCUAUUCUUCCAUCCAGGUGGACCUGCUCUGAAAACUUAUGGGAUCCUAAAAGAUCUCUUUGUUCUGCUGAUCAAGAAUUAACACUUGACGAGCUCGAAGAUUUGCUACCAUCUGGUAAUAUGGCUGGAGCUAAGAAAAUGAAGGCUGAAAAGGAGGAUCCAGAUUCACUUGAGGCUUUAGAAGGGUUAGAUGCUCUUGCUAACGUUGCUAUCCAGGAAGAUGGGGAUGCCUAUGCGUCAUCAUCAUUACAUACUACAACCACAAAACAUCCUCGCCAUAGACCUGGUUGCUCCUGCAUAGUUUGCAUACAACCUCCUAGUGGGAAGGGUCACAAGCACAAGCAAACGUGUACAUGUAAUCUUUGCAUGACAGUAAAGCGGCGUUUUAAAACUCUGAUGUUGCGAAGGGAGAUAAAACAAUCGGAGAAAGCUGAAACUGCACGCCAAAAGCUACAACAGCCUGAACAAUCGGGCGAUGAUGAUAUCCAGAUGUUUUGUGAUGCUGGUAAUAGUAGUUCUAGCCAUAAUUUGGUGAAUGGUGAGGGUUCCAACAAUGACCAAAGCAAGAAGAAAUUAUCUAAUCAGCUUGACCUCAAUAUACACCCAGAACGAGAGGAAGAUUUGUCACCCGUGCUAAACUCUGGCAGCAUCACUAGGAUGAUCCAAGAUGGUACUGGCGGACCUCAAAAGGUAAAGAAAAUUUCACGCUCAGGAGGAAAUCUUGUAGUCUCUCAGCCACCUCCCCCGGAGGUUGGUGUAGAAAAUUACAGCACUGAUGUCGCGUGAUGUAAGUGGUAAUCAGAAAGCGGAGUCAGCACUUCUGAUUUCAUCAAACUAAGAGUUGUGAUGUCUGUAGUGGAACACAAGUAAAGCAGGUCAAUAUUGCUGGUGGUGGACAUUUAUCCAUAUCAGGAACUUACUGCUUUAUGUACAUAAGAAGAUGCAUUAUGACUUAUGAGGAGUCAUGUUGCAGUUGAUGUGAUUUUGUUGCCAAACCCAAAUAGUAUUAUCAUGUAUUUGACUGUUUUAGUCAGCUAUAUUCUGUAUAAGACCGAACACACAAAAAAAGGAUUAAAAGUAAACAUGUAUGUUGGGGUAGCAAACGGCAGACAGCGGAUUUCAAAUUCAGUUUCCGAGAAGGAUGAAUUUAAAGUUUCAAAA